AUGGCGCCCGUGAGAAGACUCAAGACGAAGCGCUUGACUAGGGGUUAUGACCAAGUCCGCAGCGAUAUCGAAUCUCCCAGGCAUCUGGAGCAGUACAAAGAAACCAAGGAUCUGGAAGAUCUCCCGGGUCUAGGAAAGCAUUACUGCGUCGAGUGUUCAAAAUGGUUUGAAAGCGAGCAUAACAUGAUCGCCCACCGGAAGGGCAAGAACCACAAGAGAAGAGUUAAGAUCCUACGCGAAGAACCUCACACCCAAAAGCUCGCCGACGCCGCGGUGGGUUUGCGCCACGACAACGGCCAGCGCUCGCAGGAGACCGUCGUCGACAUGGAGGAAUAA